AAGUCCUGAGAAUAAGAAAGGAAGUGGGUCGGAGCUGGAAGCUCUGCAGUCGGCCAGCCCCGGGCUUCGAGGGGGCGGGAGCCGACGCGCACCAGUUGCGGGCCGGGAGCGCGGUCGCCCUCCUUACUCUCUUUGCUCGUUUGUUUUCAUCUGUUUGUGCAAAGAUCCUGUCUGCAUUGGGCUCUCUCUCUCUCUCUCUCUCUCUCUCUCUCUCUCUCUCUCUCUCUCUCUCUCUCUCUCUCUCUCUCUCUCUCUCUCUCCUCUCUCUUGUAUCUGGUUGCUCUCCACCUCCUGGCUUUUGCUCCCACCACCAUCACCCUUUAUUUAAUUUUUUAUUAUUAUUUUUUUUAAUUUUUUUUCUUCCUCCUCGAUCUCUUGGACCUCAAUUCCAAACAUUUUCCAAACCAACAAAGAAAAGUUCGCACGCUGGCACCGCGGCCAGGACAGGCUGGCGCUCUGCUGCGGGUUCCCCCUACCCUUUCCUGGACACUUGACUCAACCUUGCACGCAAGUGUGUAGAGUGUGUGGCUGCGGGUGGUUGGGCGGGAGGGUGAGCCCCCCACUCCCGCCCCUGAAACUUCCAUAGCAAAUAGCGAACACCCAGCUCCGCUCAGUCGCGCAGCCCCUCCCGGCGGGCAGCGCACUAUGCGGCUCGAGUGGGCGUCCUUGCUGCUGCUACUGCUGCUGCUGCUGUGCGCGUCCUGCCUGUCCCUGGCCGUUGACAGCCCCGCCGCGGCACCUGCCCAGGAUAAAACCAGGCAGCCUCGGGCUGCUGCUGCGGCCGCCCAGCCCGACCAGCGGCAGUGGGAGGAAACACAGGAGCAGGGUCAUCCGCAACCCUUGGCUGGGCAGCGCAGGAGCAGCGGGCUGGUGCAGAUUAUAGACCAACUCUACUCUGGCGGUGGCAAAGUGGGCUACCUUGUCUACGCGGGAGGCCGGAGGUUCAUGCUGGACCUGGAGAGGGAUGACACAGUGGGCGCUGCUGGUGGUAUUCUUACUGCAGGAGGAGGGCUGAGCGCAUCCUCUGGCCACCGGGGUCACUGCUUCUAUAGAGGCACUGUGGACGGCAGCCCUCGAUCCCUAGCUGUCUUUGACCUCUGCGGGGGUCUCGAUGGCUUCUUCGCAGUCAAGCAUGCGCGCUACACGCUGAAGCCGCUCCUGCGUGGGUCCUGGGCAGAGUACGAACGAAUUUACGGGGAUGGGUCUUCACGCGUCCUCCAUGUCUACACCCGUGAGGGCUUCAGUUUCGAGGCCCUGCCGCCACGCGCCAGUUGCGAGACUCCCGCGUCCCCUUCUGGGCCCCAAGAGAGCCCCUCGGUGCGCAGUAAUUCUAAGCGACGCUCAGAACUGGCCCCGCAGCUGCUGGACCACUCAGCUUUCUCGCCAGCUGGGAACGCGGGACCUCAGACGUGGUGGAGGCGGAGGCGCCGUUCCAUCUCUAGGGCCCGCCAGGUGGAGCUCCUCUUGGUGGCUGACUCGUCCAUGGCCAGGAUGUAUGGGCGGGGCCUGCAACAUUACCUGCUGACCCUGGCCUCCAUCGCCAACCGGCUGUAUAGUCAUGCAAGCAUCGAGAACCACAUCCGCCUGGCGGUGGUGAAGGUGGUGGUGCUGACAGACAAGGACAAGAGUCUGGAGGUGAGCAAGAAUGCGGCCACGACCCUCAAGAACUUUUGCAAAUGGCAGCACCAACAUAACCAGCUAGGUGAUGACCAUGAGGAGCACUACGAUGCCGCCAUCUUGUUCACCCGAGAGGAUUUAUGUGGGCAUCAUUCAUGUGACACCCUGGGAAUGGCAGACGUUGGGACCAUAUGUUCUCCUGAGCGCAGCUGUGCUGUGAUUGAAGAUGAUGGCCUCCACGCAGCCUUCACUGUGGCUCAUGAAAUUGGACAUCUACUUGGCCUCUCUCACGACGAUUCCAAAUUCUGUGAAGAGAGCUUCGGUUCUACAGAAGACAAGCGUUUAAUGUCUUCAAUCCUUACCAGCAUUGAUGCAUCCAAGCCCUGGUCUAAAUGUACCUCAGCUACCAUCACAGAGUUCCUGGAUGAUGGUCAUGGUAACUGUUUGCUAGACCUACCACGGAAGCAGAUUCUGGGUCCUGAGGAACUCCCAGGACAAACCUACGAUGCCACCCAGCAGUGCAACUUAACAUUUGGGCCUGAAUACUCUGUGUGCCCUGGCAUGGAUGUCUGUGCCCGGCUGUGGUGUGCUGUGGUGCGCCAAGGCCAAAUGGUGUGUCUGACCAAGAAGCUGCCUGCCGUAGAGGGCACUCCCUGUGGGAAGGGAAGAAUCUGCCUGCAAGGCAAAUGUGUGGACAAAACUAAGAAAAAAUAUUACUCGACAUCAAGCCAUGGAAACUGGGGGUCCUGGGGCCCAUGGGGUCAGUGUUCUCGCUCCUGCGGGGGAGGAGUACAGUUUGCCUACCGCCAUUGCAAUAACCCUGCACCUCGGAACAGUGGCCGCUACUGCACAGGGAAGAGGGCAAUAUAUCGUUCCUGCAGUGUCACACCCUGCCCCCCUAACGGUAAAUCCUUUCGCCAUGAGCAGUGUGAAGCCAAAAAUGGCUAUCAGUCUGAUGCAAAAGGAGUCAAAACAUUUGUAGAAUGGGUCCCCAAAUAUGCAGGUGUCCUUCCAGCAGAUGUGUGCAAGCUUACCUGCAGAGCUAAGGGCACUGGCUACUAUGUGGUCUUUUCUCCAAAGGUUACCGAUGGGACAGAAUGUAGGCCAUACAGCAACUCCGUGUGUGUCCGAGGAAGGUGUGUGAGAACUGGGUGUGACGGCAUCAUUGGCUCGAAGCUACAGUAUGACAAGUGUGGAGUAUGCGGAGGAGAUAACUCCAGCUGUACAAAGAUUAUCGGAACCUUCAAUAAAAAAAGCAAGGGUUAUACUGACGUUGUGAGUAUCCCUGAAGGAGCAACCCACAUAAAAGUCCGACAGUUCAAAGCCAAAGACCAGACUAGAUUCACUGCUUACUUAGCCCUGAAGAAGAAAACUGGCGAGUACCUUAUUAACGGCAAGUACAUGAUCUCCACUUCAGAGACCAUCAUCGACAUCAACGGUACCGUCAUGAACUACAGUGGGUGGAGCCACAGAGAUGAUUUCUUACACGGGAUGGGCUAUUCAGCCACAAAAGAAAUUUUGAUCGUGCAGAUCCUCGCAACAGACCCAUCUAAAGCAUUAGACGUCCGUUACAGCUUUUUUGUCCCCAAGAAGUCGACUCAAAAAGUGAACUCUGUCAUUAGCCAUGGUGGCAACAAAGUGGGACCACACUCUCCGCAGCUGCAGUGGGUGACAGGCCCAUGGCUGGCCUGUUCUAGGACCUGUGACACGGGCUGGCACACCAGGACCGUGCAGUGCCAGGAUGGAAACCGGAAAUUAGCUAAGGGAUGCAUUCUCUCUCAGAGGCCUUCUGCAUUUAAGCAAUGUUUGCUGAAGAAAUGUUAGCCUGUGGUUUACUCUAAUGCACACAAAUGACAGGAGGGUCAUCGCAGAUACAGUUGUGGUGAAGAGGAGGCCUACCCAAAGCACACAAAGUCGCGCCUUCAUGUCAUUGUCACCACGAGUCGAGUUAUGGGCAGAAUCUGCUCUCUGUGACCAAAAGAUUUACUCUAUUUGGUGUAAUGAUGGUGACCUUGGAAUGGAGAAAACAUGGGAGUUAAGGAACAUCCCUGGGCCUACACAAAGGAGACACACAAUGAUGAAUGUAGAAUCGGGGACAUUUGAAGAUUGCAGAGAAGUCUUGUCACCUACCUCUUAUAGAAUGUCUUCAAGGACAUUGUGAUCAUGUUCAGCCAUGACACACAUCCUAUUUUUACUGUUUGUAAAUGCAUCCUCCCUUGGUAUGUCACUUUAUAAAGUUGGUCCUAUUAAUAUAUACACAUAUGUGUAUGUAUGUGUACAUAUAUAUACAUAUAUAUGCAUAUAUAUGUGUGUGUGCGCACACACACACACACACACAUUAUAUAUAUAUAUAUAUAUAUAUAUAUAUAUAUAUAUAUAUAUAUAUGGCUAUAACAAAAUAUUUGACCAAAGUAGGUCUGCAGCUAUUUCAACUACUAGUUUCCAGAAAGAGCUGCAGAAGAUUUACUGGAAGUUAAGGACUUGCUGCUGUUAAAUAAGACUUUGUAUAUUGUUAGUCUGCAAGAGAUAAGAGCUUAGUCUUAAAAAAAGAAAGAAAGAAAGAAAAGAAACUCUUGACAGCAAGCACCUUCUGUGAAGUUCUGAAAAGGGAAAGGAUUUGUGUGUGGCGGUGGGGGCGGGGGUCACUUAAACACAUACUCAGUUCCGUGUACUCUGAAUUUUGACCGUCUGUAUUUUUUUCAGACAGCCAGCCAAGUUAUUGUAUCAUUUGGGGUGUAAAAACUGUGUUUUCCUGUUUAUAUGUGAUCAAUAUCCAAAGGUCUAAAAAUUAGCUUGCUUGUACUGGAAUUUAAAAAAUAACAAAUAUGUCACUGUGUUUUCAAUGUAUAUUUUCACAACUGCUUCCUUUUCUAUGGCUCCUGGCUCAUAUCUUACAAUGUGUAGUCAUCAUACAGAACACACCGCAGAAACCUGUCUGUCACAUCCAGCCCCUUUAGUAAUGGCUUACCUCUGCUCGGCCAGUGUCUGUGUUUGCUUCUUUGUUUUUCCCAAGGGUUGGAAGACGCAUGUUCUGUAUUGACUGAGUCUCACAGUAGAAUUAAAGUCAUUUCACACUUAGCCUCAUCUUAAACAAGAAAUCAGAUCAAUUUAACUAAUUCAAGAAACCAAACUAGUUAGCACUUAAAAGACUGUUUCCACACCAUAGGCAAUUAUCUAAUAAUUUAUAAAAUAUAAGCAUGUACCUGCUGUAUUAGAGAAUUUUCCCAAUCAGAAAGCAUUUGUCUAUACCGGUGAGUAUGUAAGUGAUGAAAUAUAAGGGUUUUCAGGGAGUCUUUUUACCAGCACAAGAAGGUUGUACAUGCUUAAUAAUAAUCAUAAACAGAAAAUCUCCUUUAAGCUACACACUUCACAACCUCCUCCAAUAAUUCAAAUAAUAUGAGGUAUUCUUAUUCCACUGGCAUUUCUUUUUUUCUUUGUAAAAAUCUGCAAAGUAAAUUGUUUUAUGCAAAUUUUAUAGUGAUCAUACCAAAUGUGCCUAUUGUUAAAGAUUUGCAUAUAAGGUUUUUGAGACAUCCUCUCUGCAAUUCCACUAAAUAUAUGAGAGUUUAUUUUUAUUAUAGAAUAUUUUAAUAUAAAUGAUUAUGUACUUGAUGACUUGAUAUCACAUUUACUUCAGUAGACCAGAGGAAAAAAAUGAAACCUUACUUAGGUUCAUUUGCUUGUUUGUUUGUUUUAAGAAAUUAUUUUGUGAAAGAGAACAAUGCCCUUCCAAACCAGUGGUUAUCCAUUCGAUUCUCCCAGUCUGGUCUUUUUAUAUCAAGAAAUUCAGCCUAUGUAAAACUCGUAGCCUGUAUUGGGUGAAGGUCUCCAAAUACAGAGCAGUGAUUAUAGGAAUUAAUCUAGUCAAAUUGUCAUAAAAUAAAAGAUUAAAUCUCUGUACAGAGAGAAUAAAUAGUGUAAUGUGAGUUUCUCCAAGUUUGAAAACAAUAUAAACCAAGUAGUUCUAAUUUGACAAAAUUUCCAUUUUUCGUGGUUAUAUUAAAAUAAAAUAAAUGAUUAGUAAAUGUGAUUAUUUCCUAUUCUACUUCCCUCUGUGGUCAUCAUAGAUUUUAUUAAGAUUUUCAUUGGUUUACUUUUCCCUAUAAUAAUGAAGUUUUUACACUUCACACUGAAAUCAUGCUAAAGGAGAUAAACAGAUAAACCACUAAUCUAUGUCUAAAGGGAUUUUCCUUACGUUUUAAAAUGACUAUCCUACAUCGGCAGGGGAAUGUAUAUAAAACUCCUAAGGAAAGAGAGACAGCAAACUGAGGUUCAGAAAAAUAAAGUGUCACAGAGGGAAAGAGUAAUGAGCGUGUGUGGCAAACCUAUAUUAAAUUCCAAUUCAGUCCAGUUAGAUUCUGUGCUGUGUCUGCCAGCUUCCGGUUGUGUAUCUUGAAUCUUUAAAGACCUUGGAUUUAAAUGGUGAAUAAAGGUGGGGAAAUAGAAAAAGGCAAUGUUCAGGUUACAAAAUGUCUAACCUCACUUGCAUAAAAAAAUCAUUCCAGAGGGAGUGUCAGUAAGUACAAAAAAAGCCCACAAUGAACCAGUAUCUUGUCCUUUUAGGACAGCAAAUGUCACCUUAAAAACCUCCUUAUUGCUUGAAAGUAUAAGAGCAUUGUUACAAUGUAUUUGAUGGACUCAACAUCUAUUGCCUUCCUGUGGAAACAGUUUUAAACUAACAAUUGAGGGAUGAAUCACAAACAAACAAAAUAAGAAGUUGCAGCACUGAAAACUAAGUAAUUUAUUGUUUUUGCAACUGCCGUGUGAAUUUCUGUGAUGAAAUUAUUUAUUCUUAUUUAACAAAAAUUAUGUGCAAAGUCUUCUAUAUUUAAAAUGUGUUGCCAUUGUCCUAUUUUUAAUUUAUGCUUCUUGUUUGUGUAUAAAGUGCACUUUUUGAGUUUAUAUAAUAUACAGCAUUGGUGGCUUGGUAUUUCUUUUUUACAGAAGGCUUUCUGUGUGGAACAGGUGUAUGUGUGUAUAUUCCUCAUGUAUUUUCAGUCUUCCACUCUUACAUUUUAAACUUCCAUUGCUAGCAGUAUUCCUUACUAAUCAUGAUAUUAAUAGGUCAGUUAAAUACCAGUAACAUUGGUUUUCUCGGAUCGUGAGUUUUAAAAAUGAAUAUUUAAUCAAGCAAGUUGUAAGUUGUUAACUAGAAAAUUUAAUAGACAUGUAUACCUUACAAGCACCCCACAGAAGCUAAGAUACAAUGGAGAAUAGCAGUUGAAACAGGCAUAGCCUGCAAUUUCAGCACACAGGAAGCUGAGGGAGGAGGAUACUUAACUUAAGUACAGUCUGGGAUACAUAGCAGAUCCCUACUUUGGGAGAAAAAAGAAGAAUCCAUUUCAGUCACAACACUGAUAAAUAUAUACAGGCGAUGUUAAUGGAUUAUAUGAAUGUUAUGGACAUAACUUCUAAGUGAUUAAAGGAUGCUAAACACAAAGUCUCACAGCUUUAGAGACAGCUACCCACAAAUACAGUGUCUCAGCCUCUGCCACCUAUAGAGAUUCUACAGAUGAUCUUAAACAAAAGGGGAUUUGUGUAUUUCUGAUACAAGUUCCGACUUUGUCUAUGGGUGUAGAUGUACGUAACAGAAUGUCACCUUUUACUACUACUGUCAAAUUGACCAGAGCGAUAGGACAUGGAGCUAGCAGGAACAAAGCUGGAAACAGCAGCUCAUCUGUGACUGGGAUCGUGCAGUCCGAUUCUAGAAAUAAAGUCAAGCACUCUUGGCCUCACUGUACAAUUCACUGGGUCAAUCCCUGGCUCUGAUGUUCCUCCAUUAAUAACUUCCUUGUUAGCAAACCAAGGUCAGUCAGUGUAAUCAGCAGGGGCCAUAGGCAGGUUCAGAAGCCCAGGGUAUGCACCAUGACUGCAGCUCUUUGUUAGAAAUAUGGUGAAUACAAUUCUUAAUUCUACUCUGAGUUGAGAACUCUGUAAAACAGCACGGCCAUAAUGUGUUAAUGCCACUCAUCUCCUUACAGUGAAACAUGGUGUCCUACAAAUGCAUUACAUGUUUUUAUUAUUCCAGGGCUACAAAA